ACAUACAGAUCAACUUUGUUACAUUCAGCAACGAGAAACUGGUCACACUUCGACAGGAAACCUCAAGAGAUGUCAUCCUGCAUGAACUGAAAGAAAUCAUUAUACAAGGAUGGCCAGAAAAGAUGAAAGACCUACCGAGAAUGUUGCAACCAUACUGGUCCUUCAGAGACGAGCUAUCUAUUGAAGACGGGCUUGUGAUAAAAGGCAGCAGAGUCAUAAUCCCAAUGUCCAUGCAGAAACUUGUGCUCGAUCGCAUCCACGAAGGACACCAAGGCAUCGCGAAAUGCCAACUUCGAGCCAAAGACUGUGUGUACUGGACUUCAAUCAACAGAGACAUUGAAGACAUAGUUCAGCAGUGUUCCAUAUGCCAAGAAACGUCAAGGUCACAAACAAAGGAAACUCUCAUCCCACAUGAACUACCUACACGACCAUGGCAGUAUAUUGGAACAGAUCUUUUCCAUUAUAGAGAAAAUGACUACCUGAUUAUAGCGGACUACUACUCAAAGUUUCCAGUUAUCAGGAAAAUGCCCAUGCACGUCACAAGCACUGCUGUGAUCAAAGGAUUAAAGAACUUGUUUUCUGAGUAUGGAGUUCCUGAAAAAGUAUAUAGUGACAACGGACGCCAAAAUAGCUCAGAAGAAUUUGCAACGUUUGCUUCGAACUGGGAAUUUGAACAUAUAACAAGCUCACCCCACUAUCCCCAAUCAAAUGGAUUCAUUGAAAGAAUAAUCCAAACCGUCAAGAACACCAUCGACAAGGCAAAAAGAAACAACAAGGAUCCAGAUAUGGCAUUGUUAACACUACGUACCACACCGCUGGAUAGCAAGUUGCCAAGCCCAGCAGAGCUUCUGAACGGGAGGAAGAUGAGGAGUAACUUAUCCCUUCACCUGCCCACAAGGGAAGGGCAAAAACAAGAUGUCUAUGAAAACUUCAAGAAGAAGCAAGACACACACAAGCAGUAUUACGACCGAGGAGCAAAAGACCAACAAGCACUCCUACCAGGCCAAGCUGUGCGAGUUCAAGAUCACAUUUCUGGAAGAUGGACACCCGCUACAGUCGUCGAGAAAUCCCAGGAACCUCGAUCAUAUAUAGUUGAAACACAAGAUGGAGGUAUCCUAAGAAGAAACAGACGACACAUCAAACAAACUCCACAACCCAAGCAUCCACUUCCAGAUGAACACCAUGCAGAUGAGCCCACUGGAACUACAGUAAAUAUGGAUAACGAGCAAGACCAUGUGAGCAAGGCUCCUACAGUAGUGCCUCAAGAACAAGAAUCAACUUGCAAUGGUACAAGGACAAGAAGUGGCCUUACCAUCAAGAAACCCAAUAGACUGGACUUAUAA